ACAUGGUAUAACUUUCUUUCUUUUCUCUCUAUCUCCUAUUUCUCAGCACAUGAAUGUCUUUCUCAAGUUUUAUUCUCUCCCACCAGCAAAAAUAAAAUCUUAAAAACAAAAAUUUAGGAAAAAAAUUGGUGGUGUUCUUUCAAUGGCAGCAAAGUAGCUUUCUUUAUGCCAAAAUCUCCUUUUCAAAGCAAGCAAUAGUUAGGGUUUUCUCGGUGCCAAUCCAAGCCCACAAAUGUUCACUUCAACUAACACUGUCAAUCCAUUUAUGCUCCUCUCUUCUUCUUCUUCUUCUUACGAUCGUUCCCCUUACAUAAUCGACCAUGAAGUUAAUAAUCAUUAUGUCUUCUUUAAUCACCACAAUCCACCCAUAAUUCCCCAAAUCAUCGAUGCUGUGCAAAACGUGGAAGCUUCAAAUAAUGCUAUGAUUUCUAAGCAGAAUUGUGAUGUUAUAACUGGAGACCAACAACAAUAUGACCCAUCAUCUGUUCUUCUUCCUGUACAAAAGCCUUUCAAGAAACAUAGGCACAGCAAGAUUUGCACAGCUCAAGGUUUAAGAGAUCGGAGAGUGAGAUUGUCCAUCGAAAUUGCUCGAAAGUUCUUUGAUCUUCAGGAUUUGCUAGGGUUUGAUAAAGCAAGUAAAACCCUAGAAUGGUUGUUGUCCAAGUCAAGAAAAGCCAUUAAAGCGCUAGCACAAAAUGCAGAAGGUGCUAAAAGUUUGUCUUCUAGUUCAGCCACGUGUGGAGGUGGUGAGAUAGAAGGUAUAGUUUCAAAGAAAGAUCAGUCAGUGGCUGCAACUGGUUCAUGUAAUGAAAAAGGAACGAAAAAGAUGAGGAUAGCUGCUGCUUCUACUGCUGCUGCAUCAAAUCUUGUUGCUAAAGAGUCAAGAGCAAAAGCAAGAGAAAGAGCAAGAGAAAGAACUAGAGUUAAAAUGUGCACUAGAAAAUCCCACGAGUCAAAGAACUACACUGACAUGUUGAACCAAUCAAGGUCAUCUUUACUGAACCAACAACAUCAUCAUCAUCAGCAAGCUUGCGAGAAAUUAUCAGGUUGCAAUGAUUCUGUGAAAGUUGUUGCUCAUCAUCAUGAUCAUCAAGUAGAGGAAUUACCUGCUAAUAACUCUAACCUAUCAUCAUCACUUGCCAAAGGAAACAUUAUUGAAGAGUCAAUAUUGAUUAAAAGGAAGCUGAAGCCAUCUACAAUAUUGGGCUAUCAGCAGAAGCAAUCUACAACGAUGGGUUAUCAACAAAAUGUUGUCAUGUUUAAAGAUAUAAGCUGCAGCAACAACUUGCCCAAUUUACCUCAGAAUUGGGACAUUAAUAGUGCAAUUGCACGCUCCAGCUUUUGUGCCAUUACCAACAUGAAUCGACCUGCAGGGCUGCAUCUUUAUGGCAAGCUGUGGGAGGCUGAAAAUACUUAAUGUCAAUUUCAUGCGCAUUAAAGAAAGAAAUGGAACGUUUUGAGGCAACAUGAAGCUAAAAAGAUGAUAUUUGAUGAGUUUUCAUAAAGAUUGAUACUUUGGAGAGUUUUGGAUAAAAGGGAGAAAAGAUAGCAGAAGAUCUCUUCAAUUAGAGCGUGCCCACGGUGUUUUCCAGAAAUCUAAAUUUUGUAGAAAGAAGAUUAAAGUAAUAUUAUUUGCCAUGUGGCUUUUCAAUUUGUUUGUGGGAGUGUUUAUACACUAAAACUCCUUAUUACUUGAGGUUUAUUUAGGAAUGAAUGAUUCCUAUUUAGACACAACUUCUACUAUUUCUUAUUGGGUGAGUUUUCCUAUUUGGGGGAAUAAGAAGAUAUAUAUUAGGAGUUUUAGGGUUAAGAAGAGACGAACUCUCAGACUAAUAUUUUUCAUUCAUUGUUUUAGCUUUCUUCUUUGUUUUAUUUUCUCCAUAACAAUUAUGUGUGGCUGAACUCUUUUCUU